GGAAGCGGGCUAAGGGAGGAGACAUCAGCGGUGCUCUGGAAGAGAGAAUGAGACGAGCUCCGGGCAGGACGUAGCUUGGGCAUCGUGGCGAAGGGAGCCCAGGCACUGUAGCCGAACUCUGCACGCGCGGCUCCGAGCGGAGUCUCCGCGUGCACGCCCCCUCCUCCCCCCACCCCUCUCUAUCCCUCCACCCCGCCCCCCGACCCCGGCCUCCCUCCCUUCUUCCCCCCUCCCCUUCCUCCACCCCUCCCCCAACCCCGGGGUCUCCCCGCCUCCCUCCGCGCCAUGUCUCGGGGUGGCUGCUGCCCACACCUGCUGUGGGACGUGAGGAAGCGGUCCCUGGGGCUGGAAGACCCGUCCCGCCUGCGGAGCCGCUACCUGGGAAGAAGAGAAUUCAUCCAAAGAUUAAAACUUGAAGCAACACUGAAUGUGCAUGACGGCUGUGUGAAUACCAUCUGUUGGAAUGACACUGGAGAAUAUAUUUUAUCUGGUUCAGAUGACACUAAUCUAGUAAUCAGUAAUCCCUACAGCCGAAAAGUCUUGACAACAAUUCGCUCAGGACACAGGGCAAAUAUAUUUAGUGCAAAAUUCUUACCCUGCACCAAUGACAAACAGAUUGUAUCCUGCUCUGGAGAUGGAGUCAUUUUUUAUACUAAUGUUGAUCAAGAUGCAGAGACCAACAGACAAUGCCAAUUUACGUGCCAUUAUGGAACUACCUAUGAGAUUAUGACAGUACCAAAUGAUCCUUAUACUUUCCUUUCUUGUGGUGAAGAUGGAACUGUUAGGUGGUUUGAUACCCGCAUCAAGACUAGUUGUACGAAAGAAGAUUGCAAAGAUGAUAUUUUAAUUAAUUGCCGGCGUGCUGCUACUUCUGUAGCUAUUUGUCCCCCAAUACCAUAUUAUCUUGCUGUUGGCUGUUCUGAUAGUUCUGUAAGAAUAUAUGAUCGGCGAAUGCUUGGCACAAGGGCCACAGGGAAUUAUGCUGGUCGUGGGACUACAGGAAUGGUUGCUCGUUUUGUUCCUCCCCAUCUUAAUAAUAAAUCUUGUAGAGUUACAUCUCUAUGUUAUAGUGAAGAUGGCCAGGAGAUCCUUGUUAGUUAUUCUUCUGAUUACAUCUAUCUGUUUGACCCUAAAGAUGACACUGCACGAGAGCUUAAAACUCCUUCUUCUGAAGAGAGGAGAGAAGAGUUACGACAGCCUCCCGUUAAACGCUUGAGACUUCGUGGUGACUGGUCAGAUACUGGACCUAGAGCUCGGCCUGAGAGUGAGAGAGAGCGAGAUGGAGAGCAAAGUCCUAAUGUCUCAUUGAUGCAGAGGAUGUCAGAUAUGUUAUCAAGAUGGUUUGAAGAAGCUAGUGAAGUUGCUCAAAGCAAUAGAGGACGAGGACGAUCUCGGUCUAGAGGAGGGACGAAUCAGUCAGAUGUUCCUGCUGUUCCUACUGGCCCAUCAAGUGCUGAAUUAGAAGUGGGUGAAACCUCAAUGGAAGUGGACACUCCUGCAGAGCAGUUUAUUCAGUCAUCUUCCUCUUCUACUAUGUCAGCUCAGGCACCUUCAACAUCAUCUUCCACAGAAAGCCCUCGUUCAACAUCUUUGCUAUCUUCUCCAGACACUGAACAGAGACUAUCCUUAGAAGCUUCUGGAAACCAUUCACAUCAUCAGUCUGGCCCACAGAUAUUUAUGCCUUUGGGAGAGGGGGCUGAAGUCCCAGGCAAGCAGGAAUUUUUGAGGGGGCCUGAGUUAGCUCUUCUUCGUAAGGGUCUACAACAACUGAGGCUUAAGAAGGCUGAGCAGCAGAAACAACAAGAGCUAGCUGAGGCCGCACAACAACAGCCUUCCACUUCUGAUCAGUCUUCCCCCGAGGGUUCCUCACAGGACCCUCAUUCUUCAGAUUCUCCUUCUUCUGUGGUUAACAAACAGCUCGGAUCCAUGUCCCUUGAUGAGCCACAGGAUAACAGUAGUGAAAAGCUGAGCCCACGACCAGGGACAGGUGAGCCAGUUUUAAGUUUACACUACAGCACUGAAGGAACAACCACAAGCACCAUUAAACUGGACUUCACAGAUGAGUGGAGCAGCACUGCCUCAAGUUCCAGAGGAAGUGGGAGCCACAGCAAGCCUGAGGAACAGGAUGCACCCCGAGGCCUCCCAAGCCCCUCCCAGCCACAGCCCCCCCCUCCAGGCGGGGAAGUCAUAGCUCCUGAAGAGUCAUCAGAGGAAACCACAAAGACUCAGGAGUGCAAAUAUGCAGAAGAAACAGGUCAAAAUCCCACAGAUCCAGAUACUGUUUUCUCUGAGUCUCUGGAAUGCAGCUCAGAAGAAAAAAAUGACCCCAACCAUGACAACUCUGGCAACGUUCUAGAAGAAUCCUCUCCAGAGGAAAAAAGCCAGGAGCAGGGCCCUUCCGCUCAGCCCAGUUCAGAGGGAGCUGCCCAUGCAGAGGACACACAUGAUGAGCAGCAGGCCCAAGCAGAACCCCCGGGGCCACUACCUCAGGAAGAAACAUUAGCCCGGAGCUCCACUUUCCAGGAAACUGAUGACAGUGAUGACGAGCCGGUCCUAAUCCCAGGUGCGAGAUAUCGAACAGGACCAGGGCAUAGAUUUAAUGUCAGAGGAACAGCAAUAGGUGAUAGAAUAAUGAGACGAUCUGCUGUUGCCCGAAUUCAAGAACUCUUCAGGCGGAGGAAAGAAAGGAAAGAGAUGGAAGAACUAGACACUCUGAAUAUCAGGAGGCCCCUCGUAAAGAUGGUUUACAAGGGUCAUCGCAACUCCAGGACAAUGAUAAAAGAAGCCAAUUUCUGGGGUACUAAUUUUGUGAUGAGUGGCUCUGAUUGUGGCCACAUCUUCAUUUGGGAUCGCCAUACUGCUGAGCAUUUGAUGCUUUUGGAAGCUGAUAAUCAUGUCGUGAACUGCCUACAGCCACAUCCAUUCGACCCAAUUCUAGCCUCCUCUGGCAUAGAUUAUGACAUAAAGAUCUGGUCACCACUUGAAGAGUCCAAGAUUUUCAACCGAAAACUUGCUGAUGAAGUUAUAACUCGGAAUGAGUUAAUGCUGGAGGAGACUAGAAACACUAUUACUGUUCCGGCUUCUUUCAUGUUACGAAUGUUGGCCUCCUUGAAUCAUAUCCGAGCUGACCGUUUAGAAGGUGACCGAUCAGAAGGCUCCGGUCAGGAGAAUGAAAAUGAAGACGAAGAAUAAUCAGCUUUACUCAGCAAGCACUUAGAUGUUCUGAAAUUUGUAUACAACAUUUAUUAUAUUUUUCCUUACAGAGCUUUAGCACAAUAUUAAGGGUUUUUUUUAUAACAUAACAUUUAUUUGGAACGAUUGUGUGCAUGAAUUUGGGAGAGUGUGCAAGAAAAAUUAGCAAAAUGUUUUUAAAACCUUUUGCCACAUAUGAGGGGUGCUAGAAGACACAGAGUGCAAUAUUUUCCCUAACCUGCAGACGAGGGAGCUUGGAUCAAUGUUCAAAAAUAAUUUUCAUUAUAGUGAAAAUGUUGGUUCAAAUAAAUUUCUAUACCUGCUAUUUGCAUGUUUGUUGCUUUCUAAUUAAAAGAAUUGGUUGUUUUAAAA